AUGAUCGGUAACAGGAUAUUUUUUGUUACAGUGACGCUGGAAAGCCUUAACGCUCUAAUAGUGAGAUCUCCAAAAGGCAACUUCAUGUUAUUAAUAGACGGCUACAGAUUCUCGAAGCACAGAGAAGUUUGCGUACGGGGUAUACAGAAGAUACGUUGGCAAUGCGCUAAGGGAUGUAAUGCAACGCUGACGACCUUCGGCGAUGCGGUUGUCAAGUUUAACCUUCAGCAUAACCACCAAGCUCCGUUUAUAGCUUAUUCGAAGCGCGGCAACCCAAUACUGGUGUUGAAGGGUUACAGGUAUUCCCUGAAAGUGACGAAGGCUUUCGAAGAUCACGUGAUCAGACGGUGGCAGUGCUCGACGCACACAAACAGAGGUUGUCUCGCCACUGUAAUUACACAAAACGAACACAUCGUCAAAACGAAGAACGAACAUAACCACGUUCAAAGUAACAUCAGAAAUGUGAAGUUGCAUCUCUCGCCUAUGCUUUUAGGCUUCCAAUAA